AUGUUUCCUGGUUCGAGUCCCGCUGGGGGCGUUGAUGAGAUCAGUCCAGUCGCAGAUCUUCCGAUCAGCCUUGACGAAACGCUGGACAAAGUGGCGGCCGAGCUCGACGAGCCCGCGGUCCUGUCGCUUCGUGUGCAGGCGCAUCCGCCAAUGGCCGAGGCCGUUUGGUACCGUCUGGUGGGCUCCGAGAGCUUGCUCUCGCGCAGAAACAGUCCGGCCAGCAACCGUGCCCUGUCGGGUCGUGGCGCCUCCGAGUCGGCAUCAGCCAGCGCCAAACCGGACUCGGUUGCCAGACAUUCACCAACACGCAACGGCGCCGGGCUCGAGUCCCCGCGCCACCGCAAGGACAGACUGCCCCGUGGGCUGGCCGCAUCCGUCGCCUCGGAGGUCACCAGUCUGCCACGUCAGCGCAUCGGGGAUCGGCACGACGUGGCCGCGCGUGUCGUGGCUCGUCAGGACGGCUUGACCUUCCAGCUCCACUUCGCCACGGUCCAGGUCGCCGAUUACGGCCUCUACGUCUGCCAGUUGCAGCAUGACCUCGGCACUCGCGACUUCCACUUCACCCUUGCGCCCGGAGGCAGUGAGUGCUUGACCGACAUGACAUGGCUUUUGGUAGCUAGCCCUCUGUUUUAUUCACACCCUUCACACCCUCUCGUCCAGGGCUCGAGCAUCGCUGGGCCUAUCGAGUCUGGCGUUGCCAACAACCCUUUAAAAGGUUUUGACGAGUUACGUCUACGCGGUAAUCAGGCCGAUGAAGAAACCAGUCAAAACUGGUACAAAUCUGAAGUAAAAGUCCUUCUUCAUGCCUAG